UGUAGGUUUCAAAUCAUUGACAGGAGGCUAGUAAAAUACAACUAACCAAUACAAUAUGUAAAAGUUCGGUGAUUAUGUCAAACAGUUAAUAUUAUAUUUGAUGUAGUAGCAUUAAUUUUAAGAUAAGUAUUACGUAUAUGAUAAGAGCAUUUUACAGUGUUAUCAAAUGCUUGAAAGAAAUGUUUUCUUGUAAAAUACAAAGUAUAUGUCAGUUUAUGUUCAGUGUUAAAUCAAUGUGUAUUAAAAUUUAAAGAUUAUUCAGUACUUAACAACUGUUAAUCAGGAUUAAAAAGAAUUUACGAACAUAAAAAUUCAAAGAUAUCUCUAAGCUGCAUAACAUAUUUUAUUAAGCAUUAAUAAAUGAUUACUUCAAAGAUAUUAGAAAAUAAGAUGGAUGUAUUUGCAAAAUUAAGAAAUACUGUGAGCAAUACAAUUUCUAAUACAGUUCAAAACACCGCUUAUGGAUUGUCACAAUUAUCAAAUGUUCUUCCUGGCAAUCCAGUUACCAGAGAAUUUGAGAUAAAUGCACACAUUGCAAGUGCAGGACCAGCAUUGCUUUGGAAAGUUUAUAGCGGUUAUAAAAAAUCUACAAAGCAAGAAGCAGCAAUUUUUGUAUUCGAGAAACGAGUUCUGGAUAAAUUUUCCAAAAAUGAUAAAGAGUUGAUCUUAGAAACCUUGAAGAGAGGCGUGGCACAAUUAACAAAAUUGCGUCAUCCACAAAUUUUAACUGUCCAACACCCUUUGGAAGAAUCAAGAGAUAGUUUAGCAUUUGCAACUGAGCCUGUCUUAGCCAGCUUAGCUAAUGUCUUGGGAAAUCAUGAUAAUUUACCUCAACUGCUGCCAAAUAAUUUGAAAGAUUAUAAAUUACACGACGUAGAAAUUAAAUAUGGUCUUCUACAACUUGGAGAGGGCCUUGCAUUUUUACAUGGAGAUGUUAAACUGUUGCACAGAAACCUAUGCCCAGAAUCUAUCGUCGUUAAUAGCCAUGGAGCAUGGAAAAUUUUUGGAUUUGAUUUUUGCGCUUUGAAUCAAAGCGUCGAGGGUAAACAGUCGCAAUGGUCGUACGUAGAAUACGAUAUGUCGGUUUCGUUUGCGGCCCAACCGAAUUUAAAUUAUCAAGCACCAGAAUGCAUUUUAGCAAGCAGCGUCGGUACAGCCAGUGAUAUAUUUUCUUUAGGAAUACUGGCGUAUAUUUUACAUUCUCCUAUGAAUGUACCACUUUAUGACUGUAAAAAUGAUUUAAUGAAAUGUAAACAUUUUUUAGACUGUUUCACAAAUUCAACUAUUGCCUCUAAGCUUCUUCCAAUUCCGGAUAAUCUUAGAGAUACGGUGAAACUUAUGUUGAACCAUAAUCCUGAAUUAAGACCAGAUGCUCAUCAGUUUGUAAAAAUAGAAUAUUUCAUGGAUAUAGCUGUGAAAACGUUAAAUUAUUUAGAUAAAAUCUUUCAAUGGGAUAAUUUACAGAAGUCACAAUUUUAUAAAGGAUUACCACAACUUCUAAAGCAGCUACCACAUAGAGUUAUACUGCACAGAGUCCUUCCAGCUUUAUAUAAAGAAUUAAUCAAUCCACCGAUGAUUCCAUUUGUUUUGCCAAGCAUAAUAUAUGCGAUGGAGAAAAGUUCUGUGGAGGAAUUUAGAGAAUGUAUUUUGCCAAAUAUUAAACAUGUUCUGACGUUAGACGAUCCACCGCAGAUCAGUCUUGUUUUAAUGCAACAUGUUGAUUUAUUAUUAAAAUUAUGUACCGCAGAGGUAAUAAAGACGGAUAUAGUUCCAAUGUUGCUACGUGCUUUAGAGUCUGAAUGGGAACAAUUGCAAGAAUUAUGUUUAUCAGCUCUACCUGAAAUUAUAACGAUGAUCGAAGGACCACUGAUUAAAAAUGCAAUUUUGCCUAGAAUGAAGAGAAUUUGUUUAAAUGAAAAAGGAUCCAGCAGUAAAAGUCUUGGAGUUAGAGUUAACUGUUUGUUAUGCCUUGCAAAAAUGUUACCUAACUUUGAUCGAUGGCUCGUCAUCGAUCAAGUGUUACCUUUUCUACAAGAAAUUCCACGCUCUAGCGAGCCUGCAGUUCUCAUGGCUAUCAUAGGUAUCUACAGGAUGUUACUGAAUCAUAGCAAAGUGGGAAUGAGUAAAGAAAUAAUAGCAACGAAGAUUUUACCUUUUCUAUUACCUCUAUGUAUUGAGCAAAAUUUUAGUUUCCCGCAAUAUGAAAUUCUAUCAAACUUGGUGAUGGAAAUGAUCAGUCGUGUAACAUCAGAGCAUAAGGAAGCUUUGAAACAAUUAGAUGCGAUGCGCAAUGAAACACAACAAUUGAAUUUAGAACUUUCAGAAUCUACCAACAUUUAUAAGAAAAUUGUUUCACCCACUGAUAACAUAAAUCCAAUUCCAGCCAUCCCUGCUCCAAAUACGAGUGUAAAUACAAAUUUGAAGUCCCUGCAGAUUGAAAAUGGUUUGACCAUGGAAGAUAAGCUUCGGUUAAUUCAACAGCAAGAAGUACAUCAAAGAUUACAAUCCCAGGCACCCUUAAUACCAACAAGUAUUCAACCUAAUAAAAAGCCAGCAGUAAAAGAUUUAACUGAUACUUUGUUAAAAUCUAACUUGGAUCAGUUAAACUUUUCAAUCUCGAAUUCGAAACCUAAUUAUUCCUGGAAAUCUCCGGGUUCUAGUCAACAUCAAUUGAACCCGCAAGCACAAAAUUUACAUUUAAAUAACAUAGGAAAUACAUGUGUUCCUAAUUUAAUGAUUCCUCAAAAUAAUAUCAAUUACCCGAUGAAUCAGUUAGAAUUUCAGUCAAAUUUAACUUCUAAUUCAAGCCAAAACAUGGAGAAGCCACCUUCUUGCGAUGUAAUGGACUUGCUUAGUUAAUGAUUUUAAUAAUACAAGUGUCGUAGAAUUAAGCACUAAUGAGUGUAAGGUAUUUUAUUAAUUAAAUUUAUUAUAACCUAAAAUUUCUUGUAUUUCUAUGGUUCGAUUUUUGUUGUAGGACAAAUAAAAUUAAGAGCAUUUGGAAGGUCUAAUUUAAA